AUGGCGGUUUCUGCUCACAGAAUGGCUCUUUCCCUGUUAUCUUCCUCUGUUCUCACUUCUCGACGUUAUCACCCUUUUCCUCUCUUCUCGUCUUCCUUCUUCCAUCAAAACCGACAACAGUUUACCCACUCUGCAGUCUGGAAUAGAUGUUGGAGAAGUGCAAAUGGUGUUUACAGAAGCAAAAGGAUUGGGUUUUCCAUGCCCUCUUCCGCUGUUGCGACUGAUUCUUCUGGGUCCAGUUUGAGCACACUUUCUGCUAAAGAAGAAGAGGAAGAAGUAGUAGAAGAAGGGGUUUCUUCGGAAAGUAAAGUCAGGCUUCCCACUAACGAAUCGUCCGAGAAGCUCCUUCGAAUUCGGCACACUUGUGCUCAUGUUAUGGCCAUGGCUGUUCAAAAGCUCUACCCUGAUGCUAAAGUUACUAUUGGCCCAUGGAUUGAGAAUGGCUUCUACUAUGAUUUUGACAUGGAGCCGUUGACCGAUAAAGACCUGAAGAAAAUUAAGAAGGAAAUGGACCGCAUCAUUCGUCAAAAUUUACCUCUGGUUAGAGAAGAAGUUAGCCGAGAUGAAGCUCAAAAACGAAUACUUGCCGCCAACGAGCCUUACAAGAUAGAGAUCCUGGAAAGUAUAAAGGAGGAGCCUAUCACCAUAUACCACAUUGGGGGUGAAUGGUGGGACCUUUGUGCUGGGCCUCAUGUUGAAACUACUGGAAAUAUCAGCAGCAAAGCUGUUCAACUUGAAUCAGUCGCUGGUGCAUACUGGAGAGGUGACACAAACAGGCCCAUGCUACAACGAAUAUAUGGAACUGCAUGGGAAAAUGAGGAGCAGUUAAAAGCAUACAUUCACUUCAAAGAAGAGGCUAAACGCCGGGAUCACCGACGACUUGGACAAGACCUUGAUCUGUUCUCUAUACAGGAUGACGCUGGUGGAGGUUUGGUAUUCUGGCAUCCCAAUGGUGCCACUGUACGGCACGUCAUGGAAGAUGCUUGGAGAAAAAUUCACUUAGAACGUGGCUAUGAUUUAUUGUACACCCCACAUGUUGCAAAGGCAGAGCUUUGGAAGAUUAGUGGUCAUCUUGAUUUCUACAAAGAAAAUAUGUAUGAUCAGAUGGAUAUUGAGGAUGAGCUUUAUCAACUCCGCCCAAUGAAUUGUCCUUACCACAUUCUCGUUUACAAAACAAGAUUACAUUCUUACCGGGAUUUUCCUAUGAGGUUUGCUGAGUUGGGAACAGUGUACAGAUACGAGUUAUCUGGGAGUUUGCAUGGCCUCUUCCGUGUAAGAGGUUUUACCCAGGAUGACGGUCACAUAUUUUGUUUGGAGCAUCAGAUCAAAGAUGAAAUAAGGGGUGUGCUGGAUCUCACGGAGGAAGUAUUACUGCAGUUUGGUUUUGACAAGUAUGAAGUAAACCUUUCUACAAGGCCUGAGAAAUCUGUUGGUGAUGCUAAUAUAUGGACUAAAGCAACCACCGCUCUAAAGGAUGCUUUGGAUGACAAAGGAUGGGGCUAUGAGAUAGAUGAAGGUGGUGGUGCCUUCUAUGGACCAAAGAUUGAUAUCAAAAUUGAGGAUGCUCUUGGAAGGAAGUGGCAAUGCUCUACUAUCCAGGUGGAUUUCAAUCUACCCCAGCGUUUUGAUAUUACAUAUGUUGAUUCAGACCAAGAGAGGAAACGGCCUAUCUUGAUUCAUAGAGCAGUUCUUGGAUCAUUGGAGCGUUUUUUUGGAGUUCUUAUUGAGCAUUAUGCUGGUGAUUUCCCAUUGUGGCUUUCGCCUAAGCAAGCUCGCAUUUUACCAGUUACUGACGCACAGCUUGGGUAUUGUGACGAGGUGCUAAGGAGACUGAAAGAGAAUGGUGUUCGGGCUGAAAUUUGCAGUGGCGAACGUUUACCUAAGCUCAUUAGAACUGCAGAGAAGCAGAAAAUACCAUUGAUGGCUGUGGUUGGGCAAAAAGAAGCAGAAACUGGAACGGUAACAGACAAAAUGGCCGAAAAGAUUGGCUUAAUUGUUAUGUUGUGGCUCUCAUCAGCAGUUGGAGCUAGUCAAAUUCAAUUGUUCCAGCAAAAUGAUUCUUCUUUUUCUUCUUCAUUCUCACUAAUAGUGGAAGGUGGUAUUUGUGCAUAUGUUGUCCAGCCACUCGGCUAUGCAUGCGAAGAGCAUCAGGUAACAACUGACGAUGGUUAUAUCCUAAGUUUGCAAAGGAUUCCACAAGGCCGGACUAACAAAUCACCAAACACGAUCCCGGUUCUAUUACAACAUGGACUUUUGAUGGAUGCAGUAUCAUGGAUGUUAAAUUCUCCAGAUGAAUCCUUAGCCUUCAUUCUGGCAGACAAUGGGUUUGACGUCUGGUUGGCCAACACUCGAGGCACUAAUUAUAGUCGAGGACAUACAUCCCUACACCCUAAUGAUUCCGGGGACUAUUGGGACUGGUCAUGGGAUGAAUUGGUUGGGUAUGAUCUCCCAGCUCUUGUAGAUUAUGUACAUGAUCAAACUGGAAACAAGCUCCACUAUGUUGGCCAUUCCCUGGGAACCCUAAUUGCCUUGGCUGCUUUUUCUGAAGGCAAGUUACAGAACGACAUUAGAUCUGCAGCGUUGCUCAGCCCUAUUGCUUAUUUGGCUAACAUGUCUUCACCUCUUGCAAAAACUGCAGCUGAUGCAUUUGUAGCUGAAGAUUUAUACUGGUUAGGAAUCAAGGAAUUCGAUCCACUAGGAAAAGCAGCCGCAAAACUAAUCGGAGAUAUUUGUUCGCAAACAAGUAGCAACUGCUCGGAUUUGAUGACCUCUUUCACCGGGCCAAACUGCUGCGUGAACUCUUCCAAGACCAGUGAUUUCCUGGAACAUGAACCACAGCCAACUGCCACAAAGAACAUGGUCCAUUUAGCCCAAAUGAUUCGAGAAGGCAAUAUAGCAAUGUAUGACUAUGGCAACUCAGAUGAGAACAACAAACAUUAUGGCCAACCCAUCCCACCUGUUUACAACAUGGCUAAUAUACCAAGUGAUUUACCUCUUUUUCUUGGUUACGGUGGUCAAGACUAUCUUUCUGAUGUUAACGAUGUGGAAACUCUUCUAAAUGUUCUGAAAGAUCAUCAUGAUGCUUCCAAACUUGUGGUGCAAUACAUCCAAAAUUAUGCCCAUGCUGAUUUCAUUUUUGGUGAGAAUGCUAAAAAAGUUGUUUAUGCUCCUAUGAUGGCAUUUUUCUGGUCCUAUUGA